UACUGCCAUACCGAUGAUAAUGCUGAUGCUGGAACGGCUGACCGACCGACAACGACCAGCUGUUCGGUGCUGGUGCUGUACUCGUUGAUUGUGGGCUUUAACCUCCUAACCGACUUGUCCAGCAUAGAGCAUGGGAUCGGAGAUACAAGUGCAGCAAGCAGCAAACAAGCAGAAGCAAUAACCGUUAUUGCAGCGGAUAGUCGUCGUAAAGUUAUAUAAUUGAAUUGUCGCGUGCAGACCGAGGCGCAUUUGUGAUUGUGGAAGCCGGUCGUGCGGAUUACCCUAUACCCAGUCAGCUUUGCUAGCCAAGCCAGCCAGCCAAGUAAGCCAGACAACGAAUUGGAAGAAGAGAUCAGACGGAUUUGGUAUUAUUGAGACCGCGUCAGGUGGCCUGCGGAAGAAAGUAAAAGUUUCGGAAGUUCUUUAGCUUAUCUCUUUGCUCGUAAAUUCUUUGGUGUUGGAAAGUGCAACAAAAAAAGAGGAAGAAGAUGGGAAACAAGGUGCGCUUCUAUAGCAAGUUUUUGUUGGCGGGAAUUUUGGCCAGCGUGAUGAUGUUUGGAUCAGCAGUGGCGGCGGCUGGAGAUGAACGUUUCUUGACAGACCAACCAGAUUAUAUCAAGCAAUGUCGUGUGACGGAUAAGGACUUUUUAAAUUGUUCCACCCAAAGUAUUCAGCAACUUUUUGAUAAACUAGGAACAGGUAUCCCUGGAUUAGACUCAAUAAAAAGUUUUGAUCCCUUCUACUUAAACAGGAUUAAAAUCAACCAAGGCAACAGUCAAGCUAUUAAUCUCAAAGUAGAACUAUCAAAUAUUAAGAUUUUAGGCUUUGGAAGGACAAAUGUUAUAGAGAGCAUAGUUUAUCCCAAGGAUUUUAGUUGGAAAACAACAUUUAUGUUGCCAGUAAUGAAGCUGAUUGGAGAUUAUAGUCUUUUUGGUAGAAUUCUAUUGAUUCCACUGAAUGGAAAGGGAAAAGUUCUACUUGAUGCAGAAAAUAUGACAGUUAUAAUGAGUUCAAAAACCCAUCUCUAUGAAAAAGGAGGAUACACUUUCUAUAAUGUGACAAACGUUCGUGUGGAUUUCCGUUUGGAUGGAUUGAAAUCACAUUUUUCAAACUUAUUCAAUGGAAACAAGAUUCUAGAGGACAGUACAAAUAAAUUUUUCAAUGACAACUGGAAAAUGUUAGCCGAUGCCUUGUACACAGUCAUAACUCAAACCAUCGAAGAUAUUCUCCUUGAUGUUUUGAAAAAGAUAUUCCACUAUAUUCCGGCUAAUUUUUUUGUUGCUGAUAUUCCAACACCAGCUGAAUUAUAUGGUGGACAGAAAAAGAGUUAAGUUAACUUUGACGCAGGAUUUUUGAAGAGUUUUUUUUUUAUUUUUUAAACCUGAUGUAUAUUUUUAACAGUAUCUAGAAAAUUGUAAAAGGAAAUAUAUUUUUAUAUUUUUA